GGAUUACUCACCUGAGAUACUUGAGAUAUUCCAAUUAAUAUAGCGAAAAUCGAACAAAUUCGCAGUAGUGAGAGCGACAUUUUGAAAGCAUUGCACUCUGGGUAGCUUAGAACCAAUCAAAUUAGUUGUUAUAUUCAAAACAUUACUUGGACCAAUCAAAAUCAGUUUCACAAAGGGUUCGGAAAUAUGAGACAAGGAACUGGAACUGUGAAGAAAAUUAACUUCUGCUGAGUAUUAGCGAUAUUACUGCGGCGAGAGCCGAUUAAAACGCCCCACCAUGGAUGAAGAAUACCUCUCUGAUGAUGACUUCCUAUUCUAUUCAGUUCUGUAUUCAACAAUCACCGUCAUUUUUGCGAUGGCUAUUCUCACAAAAUUCUUGAUGAAUGAAAUCAGAUUUGGAUUUCGUUCAUGCCUCAGUCUGGUUGUGCUAUUUAUUGGUGAGCCACUCUGUCAUUUCCUAGUGAAGGGGCCUGCUGGAGUUGCGAUAUUUGGACUUGGAUGUCUGUUUGUUCAUUCCAUAUUACCUGCAAGCCAUCUUCCCGUUGGGAGCAAAUCGGUGCUGAUAACUGGUUGUGACAGUGGGUUUGGCCACGCCUUAGCCCUAACAUUAGAUAGCAUAGGCAUAAAGGUGUUUGCUGGUUGCCUCUACAAAGAUGGCCCAGGUGCUAUAGAACUAACUAAUAAAUCAUCAGAAAGGUUAACCAUUCUACAACUUGAUGUAACAAGCAGCACAGACAUACAGAAAGCUUAUGAUCUCAUUAAAGUUGAUGUAGGAGAGAAAGGUCUAUGGGGCUUGGUGAACAAUGCUGGAGUAGCCUAUAUUGCAGACAUAGAACUAACUCCUAACUGUAUCGUUGACAAAGUCCUCAAUACAAACUUAAAGGGACCAAUAUUUGUUACAAAAAAAUUCUUGCCUCUUAUACGACAGGCCCAGGGGCGCAUAGUCAAUGUCUCUAGUCUAGCAGGAAAAGUUCCCACAGAGCUGUAUGGCGCAUAUUCUGUUGCAAAGCAUGGCAUAGAGGCAUUCUCUGAUGUCUUGCGUAUGGAGAUGAAGAAAUGGAAUGUUAAAGUGUCUGUCAUACAACCAAGUGGAUUUCUCACAGCUGCCCUAUCAGACCCAUUACUAAAAGCACAUGAGGAGGAAAUUUGGAGCAAUCUCGAUACAACCACUAGAGACACCUAUGGGAGAGACUAUUUGGAGAAUACCCGAGAACAAAUGUCUAAAUAUACUAAAAAUAACAAAGUAUUCGCCCAAGACAUCACUCCAGUUGUGCGUGCAAUGAGAAGUGGACUUUUAUCGAAACGUCCACGUGCAAAGUACCCUUGUGUGGCAAUCGCAGUCGCAUUUCGACAAAUGGUUUUCAACACACCAACUAAAGAGACAUACUCGGAUUUCUUAGAACCAGGAAAUUCUCGAAAGGAAGGAGAAAAAUCUAGUCACCCUGUAGACGAGUCUCUCGUCCCAAACAUUGUGCAUUACAUAUGGGUGGAUUUAAACGGAUAUUACAAGUUCAACUUUCUACACGCCGUCAGUUUUAUUAGUGUCCAUAAGAAUUGGAAACCCGAUGAAAUUCUGGUACACGUCAAUAAGAAUAAUCGCCCCCAUGGCGAGUGGUGGGAUUACGUGAUGUCUAAUGUGACAACGAAGAUACGAUUUAUAUCCUAUAAUAUGGCUCAAAUAGAUAUCUUUGGGGAAAAGCCUAGAUAUCCUGAACAUAUUUCCGACAUCUUACGUCUUCGUAUACUUAAAGAAUAUGGUGGCACAUAUAUUGAUAGUGAUGUCAUAGCUUUACGAUCUCUUGCCCAUCUUCGACGCUACAACCAUACUCAAGGAAUAGGCAUUGCAUCAAACGGGCUUUCCAAUGGUGUAAUAAUCGCAAAGAAAACAUCUAAAUUCCUCGAUUUGUGGAUAGAGGAAUAUAAAAAAUAUGGAAAGGAGGAAGUAGGAAGUAUAUGGAGCCAUUAUUCGAUAUUCAAGCCAAGGCGACUCCUUGCCGAUUACCCAGAUUUAGUCAGAAUAGAAAGGAACACUUUGGUUAGACCAGUAGCGGCAGAUUAUGAACUAUUUACAACAAGGAAAUACGUUUGGGAUCACAGUUAUAGUAUUCAUGUCUGGAGACGUAAAACAUAUAUCCCAUAUAAACCUGACGACAUCAACUUUAUAUCGAAUCAAUCGCUCCUACGGGAUGUAAUGGAAUAUGUCGUAUUUGAUAAGAUUCCGCCAUAUGCUACGAGCAAACCAUUCUGA